AGGCUGAGGACCAGAAUCACUGCUUUAGGACCAUAGACUGUAAAAGAAAAAGUCCGAAAAGAAGUUUAGGACACUCAGGUGAACCCAACUGCAUUUGAAAAACAAAGUCACGUGAACCAGUGUCACGUGACCUCGGUUUCUAUAUAGCGUCGUCUGUCCUCUCAGAGCAGAGCAGAGUUUGGAUCACUGAAUGGAGACACGAUGAAUACACUGCUGACCUUCUCCCUCUCCUUGAUAUUUAGCUCAUCGGUGUGGAGUGGAUAUCUGGAAUAUGACCAAGAUGUCCUGAUACCAGAGGACUGGACCCAUGUUGGCCGGGUUGAACCCAGAGAGGAGCUGCAGCUCACCUUCGCCCUGAAACAGCAAAACACUGACCUGCUGGAGGAAACACUCAGACUGGUGUCAGACCCUGACUCAGCACAAUAUGGUAAACACCUCACCAUGGAGGAAGUUUCUGCGCUUGUGCGCCCGUCUGACCUGACCCAGAAGGUGGUUCGUCAUUGGUUGCAGAGUCAUGGGAUUACAAACUGCCUCACUGUUCACACUCAGGACUUUUUACAGUGCACCAUGACUGCAGAGAUCGCAGAGACACUUCUCUCAGGUAGCAAGUUCCACCGUUACACCAGACACGGCCAAACUAUAGUGAGGUCUUCGGCUCCAUACUCUGUUCCUGAUGAAGUUCACCAGCAUCUGGACUUUGUUGGAGGGCUUCAUCGCCUCCCUCCUAAAAGGCAGGACCUCACCAGAGGAAGGAUGCAUAAAGAGUCAAAGCCGGGCCUGCACUUAGGAGUGACUCCUGCCAUCUUAAGGGGCCACUACAACUUGACAGCAGCUGAUGUGGGAAAAGCUAAAAACAACAGCCAGGCUGUGGCUCAGUUCCUUGAGCAGUACUACAGCCCUGCAGACCUGGCUGAGUUCAUGAGCUUGUAUGGUCGGAGCUUCCAGCAUCUCUCCCAGGUGGACCGCGUCGUUGGCACUCAGGGUUCAGGGAAGGCUGGUCUGGAGGCCAGUUUGGAUAUAGAGUACAUCAUGAGCACAGGGGCAAACAUCCCUACCUGGUUUUUCACCAAUCCAGGUCGCCAUGAGUCUCAGGAGCCGUUCCUCCAGUGGAUGGUUUUGCUCAGCAACAUGUCAGAUCUGCCCUGGGUUCACACCAUCAGCUACGGAGACGACGAAGACAGCCUGUCCACUGCGUACAUGAUGCGAAUCAACACAGAGUUCAUGAAGGCAGGCGUCAGAGGAAUCUCUCUGCUCUUUGCUUCUGGUGACAGUGGUGCAGGCUGCAAACAUUUGGGUGGGGGACAAAACUCCUUCAGGCCAAGUUUUCCUGCAUCAAGCCCUUAUGUGACUACAGUAGGAGGAACCUCAUUCAAGAACCCUUUUAAGAUCACGUAUGAAGUGGCAGAUUACAUCAGUGGAGGAGGCUUCAGUAACGUCUUCAAGAUGCCUGACUACCAGGUCAGUGCCGUGGAAGCGUACCUUAAGAGUGCAGCAGCGACGCUUCCUCCUCAGGGGUAUUACAACACCAGUGGCAGGUCCUACCCAGACAUGGCUGCUCUGUCUGAUAACUACUGGGUGGUAUCCAACAGAGUGCCAAUCCCGUGGGUGUCAGGGACCUCGGCGUCGACCCCUGUGGUUGGAGGGAUGGUGUCUCUGAUCAACGAUCAGCGGCUACUGAAGGGUCUUCCCCCACUCGGCUUCCUAAACCCUCGCCUCUACAAACUCAAGGGAAAGGCUCUGUUUGAUGUCACUGAAGGCUGCCACCUGAGCUGUCUGGAUGAGCAGGUUCAGGGUAAAGGUUUCUGCUCUGCACCGUCGUGGGACCCUGUCACAGGUUGGGGUACACCAAACUACCCAGAACUACUGGCUGUCUUGUUAGCGCAGUGAAAACCUGCAGGUCAAAGAGUUGAACCAUCAGUCUCUGUCUGAGAGCAGGUACUACACACACUUCAUCUAACUCAUGACCGGUGUCUGAUACUUAAGACACAGAGGAAAACUCUGCCUACUCUUCAGAUUCAUGCUUAUGCUUGUUUAAAUGUUUUUAUCCAGCGUCAUCACAUUUUUUUUUUAUCUAAGGAUGCUCUCAACAGUUCUUUUUUCUCUCAAAGGCUUUAAACUGUUUCCUCAAAUACUUUUAGGUCAGGGAUAGUGCUGAUAGGGAUUUUUAAAGCUACACAGUAGCUGCAUAUAUCUGCUCUACACUGCGUUUUAACUGACCUAGAUUUUUUUAAACCUGCAGGCAGAUUAACAGAAAUGUUCGCCUUAAAUUCAUGCCUCUUAAUACACAGCAAUGAAAAGUUUCAGGUAAACUGAGAUUUGCUUAACAAAGAAAAACACUUGAAAGCUAUGCAUAAAGAAAAUGAACAUCAAAAAUAUGCGCACUAGUCGUCAGAAUAUUUUUAAUGUCCUUUUUAUGUCAAAACUGCCUACUAUGUCAGAUUUCAAUGAAAAAUCUACCACGCGGAUGCAAUAAUUUACUAGAUAAGGCUUUUAUUGUACACAAAUAGGGAGUAAGACUGAUGGCAAAAUGUGUGUUAUAUUGUUUUGCAAUUGUACUGCAGGGAUGAGUCAGAUACAAGUCGUUAGAUUUAUUAAGAAAUGCAUGCAUGCUGUUCUGAAAUGUCACCAAUGAAUUUUUGAUGAAGUAGAAACAUGAAUUGUGUUGUUCAAGAUCUGCAGGACCGUUUUUGAAAUUUUAUUUUACUGUGGUUUGUUGCUUUUUGUUCUGCGGCUGUGAACUAACCAAAUGCACUGAGACAUGUGGGUUUUAAGUGAUUCUGCUUUCUACCUACUGGCAUUGUUGCACAUGCUUUCAUCUUUUACCCAUGUACACCCUUAAAUCUACUGUAUUUAAAUGUGACAGACUGUCUGUCUGUGUAUGUGAGUUUUAUUAAAGCUGGUGUGAAAUAUGA